GUGGAAGGUGAGGCAAGACACCACUACGCCAACCUGACCGUCAAACCAAACCGUCUACGUCAUAAUGACGUCAUAUGAGGUGGACAUUACGGGUGUGUUGAAUGACACCUCAUCAAAAUCAUGGCUUGAUCAGGCUAUGGAGCCCGGCCCAGAAACAGUGUUCGUGCCAGUAGUCUGGUCCCUCAUUAUAGCCGUUGGAGUCACCACUAAUGCUGUAGUAGUCUACGUGGUCAUGCUGCAUAUGAAGAUGACAACAGUGACAAACUACUACAUCGUGAACUUAGCACUGACCGAUAUAUCGUAUCUGCUGUUUUGUACACCGUUCACUACGUUGACGUUCACAUUGUAUGGUUACCUGACUGAGGGGAUGUGUAGAGUUAUAUCGUAUGUACAACAGGCGUCUGUUCAUGCAACCUGUAUGACCCUGACCAUCAUGAGUGCAGAUCGCUACUUCGCCAUCGUGUACCCAAUCAAGUCAAUGAAGUACAGAACCAGACGAUUGUCGUUUCUUAUCAACCUUAGUGUUUGGAUCCUUUCCUACAUUAUGGCAAUACCAGCUCCCAUCUUCGUAGAAGCAGAGAGCCACUUCUACUACACGGGCGAGAAAUACUUCUGCUUUGAAGCAUUCAGCACGCCAACCAAGCAAGCCGUGUACUACACCUACGUCCUCGUCUUCACCUACAUCUUACCUCUAAUUGUGAUAUGCGCAUGUUAUUCCCUCCUACUACGAGCGACGUGGACGAGGCGUCAUCCCUCGGCACAAAACAGUCACCGAACCCGGCAAAACCUCCUCCAAAAACGACGCAUGACCCGCAUGGUUCUUGUUGUUGUUUGUCUAUUCUUUGUGUGCUGGUUACCAACACAUGUAUUUAACUGUUGGGAACGCUACAGCACCCAUGAUUUCCCCUACUACAGCGACGCGGUGUACUAUGCCAGAAUUCUAGCAGUGACAUUAGCCUAUUCCAAUUCAUGCCUUAAUCCCUUUGUGUAUGCCUUUAUGGGGAAUAACUUCCGUACUAGCUUUAAGAAGGCGUUCCCGUUUUGCUUCAGGAGGCGGAUUGUUAUGAGAAACACCUUUCAAUUAGUGAACCGAUUACGCAGGGCUAGGGUGACUGAAGACGGCGGGACAAGGGUGACCGUCCUGGCAGUCUGAGAAAACAAUACUGUCAAUAACCCUAGCAAGAAUAUAAAUACCUUUAAAAACAAACCAACAAUAGGGAUUGAACAGCGCAAUUAAUCCUAUAAUGCUCUAUGACAUCUGUAUCACAUAAAAACACCCACUAGACAUUUUUGGUUUUAUCGACGUGGCGUUGAUUUGUCCUUACUUUAUGAUAUUUAUAAAUAAACAUCAAAUCUUGAA